AUGGCCAAGCCGCAGGAGAUUGUGUUCGACAACAGCGGCAAACGUCCGCUGAAUGUCCCUGGCUUCAAUUGUCCUUACGAUAUCGAACUUGGUUCGCAGUAUCGUUUCCAACACGGUGCCAAUGACUUCACGGCCCCGCGGCUUACCGCCCGCGAGAUUGCCAUGCUCCGUGUUAUGAACGCCCUCACGGACAAACCCAAUUGGCACAGCAAGAUCCUCGACGAAGCAAUAUCCGAGAAGUGGAGGGCGGAAGCCCUGGGGAUGCCUCUCAUGAGUGAGAAGUCGUGGGCCUGGUGUCUUCAAGAGCUACGUGAGAAAGCAAAGGACUACCAGGAGAAGCAAAGGGUGCUCUGUCUCGACUCUGCGUCCAGAGUCUGCAAGUCAGACACGUUGGUGGGUGAGGAUGUCCGAUCAGCACUCAACAAGGCUGUACAGCCACUGCUCAACAUUCCGGAUGACAAGAAGGACUGGCACCCAAACUCGAACGACCAAGUUCUCAACUUGAUACAUCCAUCUCUGUAUCCGUUGGUGUUUGGAACCACCCAAGCACUGGUUGACGGUGGCGAGGUAAAAUUGGGUGAUCUGACCUCAUAUGCCCAGACCCGCCCCUCGCCUGUCCCCGAGGUUCGCGAGAACACGUCAAAUCCGUAUGGUUAUCACCGACACGGAGUGAAUCCAUCGGAACGCUGGUCUCGACGGUUUCAAUGGCUUCCUUGUGAGGUCCAGUUCAACGGCGAUUCGGAAACUGGGGUGCGCAUCACUUCGUACAUUAACAACCUGCACCCACGACACCAGGACCUGUAUGCGGCCAUAGAGAAGGUGCUUUCCCUAGCCAUUGAGCCUUGGAAUGAUAUUCUUAUUCAUGGGAAAUCGUACCAUGGCCGUACUCCAGUACGUAUUAAAACAUGUGGAGCACAAUUCUCAGUAGAGCUUCCAGACUGGUAUGAAGGACUGUGGGAAAUUGAGAGAAAGAAGGACGAGCAGCCCAAGGCAUACGAAGAGGCUCUCGCCAAAGUCAAGGACUUUCUCACGUUACCAAACAGCGAUGUCUAUCAAGACACGCAUGAUAGUGAUGACGAAGACGACAUACCGCUUCAGGACCCAGCGUAUAUCGAGGAGUAUGGCCUGCCGUCUGCGGUCGAAGAAAAGCACAAACGAGUGCGUACCGUCCUCCACCCCGAACCAGGAGUCUCCUUCUCCUAUGAUCAGUGGAAAGCGGGCCAAGUCAGUAACGGUGUUGUCAACCCGUAUCGCUCAAGUGGUUGGGGGAGAAGAGAGAUUGACCCCUUUGCUGUCACACAUAAGUUCUCAACGGUAGACCUCCGGCGUGACUUUAGCACCCAGGGCCUUCAAGUCAUUGUCAAACUCUCGAGUAUAGAGCUAACACCUGAGAAAACGUCAUAUGCUGGUGGCAACUGGCAUAUCGAAGGCAUGUUAAACGAGCAUAUCGUCGCCACAGCAAUCUACUACUACGAUGUUGAGAAUGUGUCAGAAUCGCGGAUUUCAUUCCGCAACGAGGCGGGUAUGGACGACGAGAACCUUCAGUAUGAGCAGGACGUCCAUGGACCACUGAUUGAGAUUUUCGACGUCGAAGGUAACUCGCUGCGCGACGAGCCAGCACUGCAAACCCUUGGAUCCGUCUCGACGCCACAGGGUCGGUUAAUUGCCUUUCCCAACACCUUGCAGCACAAGGUUGAGCCUUUCCAACUCGUAGACAAGACCAAGGCAGGGCACCGCCGGUUCCUGGUGCUGUGGCUGGUUGAUCCUCAUUACAGAGUCGCAUCAACUCGCAAUGUUCCUCCUCAACAGCAUGACUGGUGGGCCCCGGAAGGAUAUGACAAGGUGGACUUCUCCAAAUUACCGCCUGAAAUUCUGAAGAUGGUUACAAGCGAAGUUGGCGACUGGCCCAUGGGUUUGGAGACAGCCAAGAAGCUGAGACUCGACUUGAUGGAAGAAAGGACACGUGGUCAGCAAGCGAUAGAUGCUGGAGUUGCAGAGUACAACUUCUGUGAACAUUGA